AAAAGUUAGUUAGAAAGCAAGCUUACGGGGAUAAAUACGCGCUUAACCAUGGAGCAAACCGAAGUGAUGAAACCAGAAACUCUUGACGAUCUGAUCAAAAUUUUGCAUAAAAUCUUUGAAAGUGACAAUAUCAAUGUGGAGGAGGUGCAAAAUAUAAUGGAAGCAUAUGACAGCAAUCCACAGGAAUGGAUGAAAUUUGCAAAAUUCGACCAGUUCAGGUACACAAGGAACCUGGUGGAUGAAGGGAAUGGAAAGUUCAACCUCAUGAUACUCUGUUGGGGAGAGGGUCACGGCAGCAGUAUCCAUGACCACACAGACUCCCACUGUUUCAUGAAGUUGCUGCAAGGCCAGCUGAAGGAAACGCUUUUUGAAUGGCCCGAUAAAAAAACAUGCAACAUGGUUCAAAAAUCUCAGAGAAUCCUACAAACAAACCAGUGUGCCUACAUCAAUGAUUCCUUUGGGCUGCACCGAGUAGAGAACGCCAGUCACACAGAAUGUUCGGCCAGUUUGCACCUGUACAGUCCCCCCUUCCAGACCUGCCAGACAUUUGACCAGCGGACUGGACACAAGAACACUGUCAAGAUGACGUUCUGGAGCAAAUUUGGAGAGAGGACUCCAUUUGAAACCACAGUCUCACAAGAAAACAACUGAGAAGCUGAAGACAUUUGCGUUUGGAAUGACAAUGUUGUAAAUUCAGUCAACAUGACACUGCAAAGAAGCCAAAUGCGGACCUACAACUAAACAAUAUAUUGGAGAGGACAGUUCAAAAGGACAUGUGGGUAGUUAGAAUGGCUUUAUCACAGCCCAGUGUGAGCUUGGCAAAAACUGAUGAGCACAGGAUGAAUGCAUGAAUAGGCUCAGCCAUGGAUUGAAUCUGCUCUUUGUUUGGUAGGCCUGAGGAGACCCCUUCCCAAUAACAGCAUUCCUAUGUGUCUAUGACCUGUGUAACCACACUUUUGUAUUGUUACGGCGGACGGUUGAAGUGUAUGAUGUAUGAGUGGAAAUAGGUUGUCUAUUCAAUCACAUAAAGUGAUGAUCUAAAAGCAUUCUGUGAUCAACAGUUUUACACUCAAUGGAGCACUUUUAUUGCGGUAUUAUUGAUUUUUACACAAAAUUCUCUUAACACUUGUCAAAAUAGUUAUGUAACAUUAAAUUGUUUGUACAGUCAAAUUAGUGUGGCAAUUUGCAUUUGGCAAAGGUAAAGCUUUAUAAAUGUAUUAGAAAAUACGAUGCCUGUAAUUUAUAUUUGCUGUGUUCAGUUUUUGGGGAUGAAAAGGGGUGUUAAUUGGUUUUAGCUAUUUCAGUGUCAUUCUUGAAUGUGUUUCAUUGGUUUCAACCUAUGUAUUUGGAGACUUGUCAAGGAGAGUCUGGACUUUAGGGGCAGGGUUGUAUUAUAAUAAAGACAUUGUUCUCACUUUU